AUGACGGCACCCCAGGUGAUCAGCUCACAUUUCUUGAAGCCUUUCUUUCUGAAGACCACAUUGAACGUUGCAAGCCAUCAGCGUCAGCGACGACACACUUUACCUGCCAGUGAAUUCCGUAACCUCACCCCACAGGACGCCAUCAGUGUGUUUGAGAUCGAGAGAGAAGCUUUUGUCUCAGUAUCUGGAGAAUGUCCACUCACACUUGAUGAAGUGCUCGGCUUUCUGGGUCAGUGUCCUGAGCUCUCUAUGGGAUGGUUUGAAGAGGGGCAGCUGGUGGCCUUCAUCAUUGGAUCUGGCUGGGACAAAGAGAAACUAGAUCAAGGAGCCUUGACCACGCACGUCCCCAAUGCUCAGACGGUACACAUCCACGUUUUGUCUGCGCAUCGCCACUGUCGGCAGCAAGGCAAGGGCUCCGUCUUACUCUGGCGUUAUCUACAGUACCUGCGCUGUCUCCCGGGUCUGCGCAGGGCCCUGCUGGUCUGCGAGGAGUUCCUGGUGCCCUUCUAUCGGAAAGCCGGCUUCAAAGAAAAUGGUCCUUCUGCCAUCACUGUGGGGACAUUAACCUUUACAGAGAUGGAGUACCAACUUGGAGGUCAAGCCUAUGCACGACGGAACAGCGGAUGUUAGUUUCUUUAGUCGAAGGCACAUCACAUUUAAAAGAAGGACACUGCUCUCAGCAACCAAAGGUUCAGAGAUUUACACGGAGACGAAGACUCAUUGUUCUGCUCUCACCUGAGCAAAGAACUAGAGACUAACCUUUGCGCUCAUUUAAACAAGCAUUUAUUAUCUGGCGACCCAAUACUCUGUAAAGAGCAUGGUUGUAUUUAGCGUGGGCACACAGAUCUGUUUUAUGCUUUUUAGAUGUUCAGAACCAGAGAAUGAGAUUCAAUGCAGUUUUGUAAGAAAUGAUCAUCAUAUUUAUCAAAAAGAUUUUCUUUGAUUAAUUGUUAAAAAUAAAACCAACAAGACUCCAUGAAGAAAUGCAACUGUUCAAAAAGCAACCUUGUGUCUUAAGUUGGACGAUGUAAAAAAUGAUUUAAAAAUGUCAUCAAACAAUUUUAUUUUUACUUUAAGAACCCUUGAAUAGUUAGUGGAAUCGGUAAAAUGUCUCAUGUUAUCUACAUAAUACAUUACUGCACAUGUGUUUUGGAAUGCAAACUGUACAGAGUUUCAUGCAAACUUACAUUUCAAUAUCCAUAAACUUUCUCUGUGACAUUAUAUAAUCAUGUAUAACUGAUGUCAAUAAAAAUAUAUCUAUAUAAAGCUAUUUUAUUUUACUGUGCAGUUUAAU